UCAGUCACUCCUCGUCCACAAAUGUUAUAAUAAUAAGAAAUGGGCAGUAGAAAAAGCAGAUUUUAGCUGUACAACACAUGCUGCUGCCUGAGAUUCACGUUCAAGAUCCAUUGGGUUGCUUUGCUGUUGCGCCAACUAUGUAAUGUAGCACUCUCUCCUCGCAGCCAAAAAGAGACAGCAAGAGAGAUUUGGGAGAAGACUUGCCUUUUAAGUGAUGGGGGUGCUGACUUCUCAAGCGACUUAAUUAAUUUGUUUAGGACCCUCGUUUUUUUGGUGAAUAUGGAAGGGGCAAAGAGAUGGAGUGGCAUCUGAUGCUUCUUCAACACAUUGCAGAGUUAUUGAGAAUAUAUACCUAGAAGAGAGAGGAUCAGAGGGGGGAGUGUUCGAGAGAAGUCAAAGAGGAGGAGGAGAAGAAGAAGAAGAAGAGGGUCAGAUCAGAUCCAGUUGUUGGGAGCAAAUAUGGCUUCGAAGCUGAUCUUGAUCACAGUCUUCAUCUUUGAUGUCAUUGCCUUUGGACUUGCUAUUGCAGCUGAGCAGAGAAGAAGCACUGCCAAGAUUGUCCAGGACAGUGAAGUCCAGUACAACUACUGUGUGUAUGACUCGGACAUCUCUACCGGCUUUGGCGUCGGAGCAUUUUUGUUCCUAAUGCUUAGCCAAGUCAUCAUAAUGGCAGCGAGCCGCUGCUUCUGCUGCGGGAAGCCCUUGAGUCCCGGAGGCUCGCGCGCUUGGGCAGUCAUUCUUUUCAUUACCUGCUGGGUGUUCUUCUUCAUCGCGGAGGUGUGCUUGUUUGCGGGAUCGGUGACUAACGCUUACCACACCAAGUACAGGACCAUCUUCAGCGAGAACCCUCCCUCGUGUGAAACCGUGAGGAAGGGGGUGUUUGGCGCCGGGGCUGCCUUCAUCUUCUUCACGGCCAUCGUUUCGGAGUUCUACUACACUUGCUACUCCAGGGCCAUGGAAAGCUUCCAACCUUAUGGCAGAGAAACAGGUGUGGGCUUGGGCGCCUUCAAAUGAGAGCUUUCCUUGGCUUUGGGUUGAUCAUAUUCAUGACCAUGGAUAUUCCAUAGGGAUAUUGUGUAAGUUUUGAGGUGGAUCUCAUCCAGUAAUAGGUUUAAGGUAGUCGAUCAUACCCCUGUAUCGUCUGAACAAACUCAUAUCAUGAUACUGCAUUUGUUCUUUUGGGUGGGGUUUGUCAUGUAUGCAUUAAUAAGGCAAUGAUAUUGUUUUUUUUUUUUUGGUAA